AUGUUGAUUGGUAUAUCUGGUACCUUAAGCUCAGGAAAGACUGAAGUCGCUAGAUACUUGACUUUCCAAGGGUUCAAGCUAAUUUCAUUUAAACAGGAAGGCCAUGAAUCAGAUGCCACCACGCCAGAGGAGGAUGAAGUGUCUCACCAAAUUACGGAUUUGACAGUCGAUGCAGACUACAAAAUGGAAGUUUUUAAACAUUUCGAUGAUUUGAGUGCUUUAGAUAAUUAUGUCACGGUUAAUUGGCAAGAUAAUUUUGUGAUUUCCCAUAUACAAGAUAUGAAUAUGUUGAAAGCAUUGCAGAAAAGACCAUUUUUCCUUCAUAUAUCUAUCGAUGCCCCGGUCUAUUUGAGAUAUCAAAGAUCAAAACUGAAAAAUAAUUUCACGUUGGAACAGUUUGUGGAUAAAAACGAUCAAUUGUUAUUCAAUGUUGCUAAUCCAUUGAUUGAGAUUAAUAACCAGGCACAGGUGAAAAUUAUAAAUACAUCGACUUCGAUCAAAGACUUGUUUAUCAAGUUGUCGGAACUUAAUCUUUUAAACGGUUCUCGAUUGAGACCUACUUGGGACUCGUACUUUAUGCGAUUAGCAGAUUUGGCAGCGUUAAGAUCAAACUGUAUGAAGCGUAGAGUCGGAUGUGUUAUUGUUCGCGAGAACCGAGUGGUUGCUACUGGGUAUAAUGGAACUCCUCGUCAUUUAACCAACUGUAAUGAAGGAGGUUGUUCCCGAUGCAAUAAAGGCCAAGGAAGUGGGGCACUGUUGGCCACAUGUCUUUGCUUGCAUGCUGAAGAAAAUGCGUUGUUAGAAGCCGGCAGAGAUAGAAUUCGCGGUGAGAGUGUAUUAUAUUGCAACACAUGUCCGUGCUUGACAUGCUCGAUAAAAAUUGUCCAAAGUGGGAUUAGAGAAGUUGUUUAUGCCCAGAGUUAUUCCAUGGACUUACAAAGCCAUAAAGUGAUGAGCGAGGCUAAUAUUAUAUUAAGACAAUUCCACCCUCCAAAAGAUGGAAUAUUUAUAUAG